GACUAGGCUCCCUCGACCUUGCUGGAAUGUCCCAUUAGGCAAUCAAUUAUUCUCAUAGUCCAAAGUUUUUAGAAUACAUAUAAAUUUAUUGUCACAAAAAUAUAUUUGAUCUGCUACACAAAAUCUUGGACAAGUUGUUGUAGAGAAGAUGGGGAUGAAGAAUAGUUAUUUGGCAAUGAAGACAGAUGCAGCAGUAGCAAGUGAUUUGAUUGAUUCAGAUUUGAAGGAAAUUGGUGUUGCUGCUAAGAAGUUAGCUAAUCAUGCUAUUAUGCUUGGUGGCCUUGGUUUUGGCACUACUUUUUUCAAAUGGCUUGCUUCUUUUGCUGCUAUUUACUUGUUAAUCUUGGAUCGAACAAACUGGAGGACCAACAUGCUUACAACCCUCCUAAUUCCUUACAUUUUCUUGAGUCUCCCUUCUUUAAUCUUUGGUUGGUUCAGGGGAGAUUUUGGAAAAUGGCUCUCUUUGAUUGCUGUUAUAAUACGCCUUUUUUUCCCUAAACAUUUUCCAGAUUGGCUUGAAGCACCAGCAGCAUUGGUCCUUCUGAUAGUGGUGGCGCCUAGUUUAUUUGCUGACACCAUAAGGGGCGAUUGGAUUGGUACGUUGAUUUGCCUAGUCAUUGGGUGCUAUCUGUUGCAAGAACACAUUAGAGCAUCUGGUGGAUUCAGAAAUUCGUUCACUAAAGCUAAUGGCAUUUCAAACACUAUUGGAAUCAUCCUUCUUUUGGUAUAUCCAGUCUGGGCAUUGAUUCUCCACUUCAUAUAAACAACCAAAUUCGACAAAUCAUGAUUGCAAUUCGUUUGGAAGAUAUUUGAGUGUGAUUGUUUUUCUUGAGUUCUUCUACAACACAGUUAUGUGUGGUGCUUUUGUAAAGGAUUGCUUGUUCGUUAUGUGAAUAAUGGCACAUUCAGAUUUGGUAGACUCUUGAACUUAAAUUCAAGAUACUUAAUUAUCAUUACUUGGUAAUUAUAUGAUGGAGUUCAUAUCUACACAGUAUAAGGGAAAGAACCCGGACAGUACAUAUAUAUAUAUAUCUGGUCUUUCUGAGUA